AUGAGUGCAGAUGUUAUCGACGGCUUCAAAAGCUCUCCCAUCCAUGAAACGCCGGUUGAAGAACUUUGCUCCUUCUGCAACGUGCAACGACACCAAAUGAAGCAAACGUCCCCAUACUCCCUCUAUGACAGAAACGACAAAUUGAACCUUGAACACAUCAACUACGUCUGCAAUCUCAACCUCCCAACAGCCAUGCCCAAUCUCGUUCUUUCUGAAAGCCCACAUAUAGAGCAGACCUCGUACUUCGGGCCCGGCGGGCACUGCGCGAGCAAUCUUUUAUACACUGCUUCAGCAGGGGAUACAUGCAACAGCAUCGCGACCCAGUUCAAUGUUGCCUCGGCACAUGUCAAAGGCAUGAACUGGCAGCCUAUCGACUGUUUCGCUAUUCCUGAAGGUACGAGGGUGUGUAUCCCGUUUAGGUGUAAGACAUACACCCUAAUGGACGGGGAUACCUGCGACUCGAUUGAACGGGAGUUGGACUUGAAACCGUGGUUGCUUCUCUCGGCAGUUCGGGAGUAUAACCGUUGGGUGAAUGAGGAUUGUUCGAAUCUGCAUGAGGCUAGUGAUGCUCUUUUCGGGCAUGUUAUCUGUGUUGGCCCGACCGGUGACUUGGUCCUGGACGCGUAA